CCCCCUUCUCUCAGCGUUCUGGCGGAGGUUACCAUAGCUGCCGUGCGCACAACAGCUAGGCUUUUCUAGUUGGUCCCCGGCUGGCCGGAGGGAAGAGUCGACACCAUGAACCAUGUAGUGACUAUCGAGGAGCCCCAGGCCAACCCGCAGGUGUCUCAAACCCGGUGCGGGGUGAAGUCGGGGACCUGGGGCAACGUCUCCUCCAGUCGACCGUAUGAUUUUCUGUACGACCCAUUGUUUAUUGUGUCAAGUGAGAAAGACCACACACAGGCAAAUAUCCAAGCUAACCUGAUUCGAAACAGACUGAGAAAAGUUCCCAGGUUUAGAACCAUGUUCAGUAACCUGAUUCAUUAUCCAAGAUAUUCUCUGUAUUGGAGCAAGGCAGACCCUGUCCCACCAUUCAUCCGUCAGGAAUGGAAGAGACAUGAGGAGAAACACAGAGAAGCCCUCUGGCACCUUGCCAUAACAGAUACAUCUUUUCAGAUGGCCAAAGAGGUUUAUGCAGAUCCUGAAGUAACUGGAAAGAAUCGCUAUAAAUACUUUGAAAGGCCUUUCCUUCCAUUUCAUCAACAGAUGCCACUUAAUGUCGUUUUUGCAGUAACCAAGACAGAGCCAUAUACUUUUCCUACUACUUCUGCUAAGUACCCAUCUAUCCCUUCAAAGUGUACUGUGGGCACUCAGACUGAUUAUCGGGAUGCUGAAGUUCAAACAGAUCCAUAUUCUCCAGAAUAUGUAGUAUGUCAGGAGUCAAUCCCUGAGCUCUUGACCCUGGCUACUCUUACUUGGGGUCGAGGGCUCCCAGCAGGACAAGCUGAAGUUGAGAUGAUAGAACGUGCCCGGGAGAAGCGUGCUUGGGAAGCCACUCUUCCCUGUCUGAGUGACACCUCCCAGUUUGAGAAGAGAAGGAGGAUGAUGAAUGCGAUGGAGAGGAAGGAAUGGGCCUUCAGAGAGCAGGAGAUUGAAAAACUGCAGGAGAUUCGCCUGGAAGUCCUAAAAGAGCUGCUGAAGAAGCGUGAUGAGAAUCAAAAUGAAGUGAACAUGAAGCAUUUGAAUGCCCAGUGGUCUAAACUGCAGGAAGCAAAGGAGGCAAAACUGGCACAGAUUCAGCACAGACAUGUAUCAGCAAUCAGGAAACUUGUGGGAAAGGGAAAGAAUAUAGAAGGGAAGUUGGAGAGAAGAAAUAUCAUCAAGGAUUAUUCUGACUAUGCAUCCCAGGUCUAUGGGCCUUUGUCUCGCCUUGGUCGUUUCCCUGAUAACAACUCAGAGGACUUUGUAGUAAAAAACCACUAUCUCAACACCUAUGAAGGAUUAGUUGAACUUGAGUCAUGUCUCCCAGAUUUUGUGACACAACCCCGAAUCAGACCUCCAAAGCCAAAAGUCACUACCACGAAAGCUGGUUUUCUCAAGAGGGCAGCAAGAAUGGAACAUGAGUUGGCAGAGGUUCAUAAGGCAAUAUUGGAUAAGAAGAAUAAAGUUCUUGAACCAAAGAAACUUCUGCGCUUUCUUCAAAGAAAGUCACUACCUCAACCUCGCCUUCCAACUCCAACUUUGGAAAUGAGUUCCAUUGAAGAAGAAGAUAUAGAGAUGGCUGUGAUCUACCUUCAAAAGUUACUCCGGGGAAGAGUUGUUCAGAACACGAUGUUUGAAGGCAAGGAAAAGCGACUGGAGUUGAUCCAGGAGCUGCGCACCAGCCAUGCACUACAAGAAGAUGACAGGCUGAAGAAAGCUGAGAAGCAACUGACCCUGGCCUUACAGCGACAGAGGAACUUGCAUGAGCACAAGGUGUCACUGGUUGAAAACCAUUUGGCUGGACUGGAAGGAAGGGUUCUGGCAGACAUGUUUGACUUCCUGUCCAAAGAGCUGGUGAGACUACAGGAAGAGAGGAGGAUCCAUGCUUUUGCCAUGCUGGCCGAGCGGCAGCGGAGGAUGCGAGAAGCUGAGGAGAGUGGUCGGCGCCAAGUGGAGCAAAGGCGCCUGCGGGAGGAGGACCAGAUAUUUAAGGAGGUGGUUAAAGUUCACCAAAGUACUGUAACUUCCUAUCUGGAAGACAUAAUACUGAAUACCGAAGAGAAUACUGCAGAAGAACAAGCCAGGGCAGAAAUUGAGAAGAUGGCUGAGGAAAUCAAUGACAUUGCUUACGAAAUGGAGAGCCGUCGAACUCAGCUUCAGUCAGAGGAGAUUGUUGCUGAGUUGGUUUAUAGUUUCCUGAUCCCAGAGGUCCAAAAGGACUUUGUCAAAGAAAAAGUGAGGAACGCACAGCAGAAGCAUAUCCUUGCAGCCCAUCAGAUCAUCCACAGACACACAGAAGCCAUGCUCAAAAAGAAUUUUGUUGAGCAACAGCAAGACGAGGUCUCAGACACUGACCAGUUACUAGAGGAAGAAACUCAAAAUGAGAAAAACAACUAAGGUUUGCCUGCACUUACGUGACCAACAGACCAUCUGCAGGGGAAUCUAUUGGGACCUGAAGUUUCAACCAAUGAGGAUCAUGGAAGGAAUGUUGAGAUGAGGGGGCAGUUAAGAAUGAAAGCAGACAGAAAGCAGAUAAAGGACUCUUAAAUACCUAGCUAUGGCUGUAAAUUAUAGCAGAAAACCUUUUGUUUUUAAUUAAUAAUGAAAUAACCUCUGAAAUCACUGAAGAUAUAAACCAUGUAUUUACAUGGAAUGUUAUCCAUACAUCUAUAUAAUAUAAAUUCAAGGACCAUAGCAUUUUGCCUAUCUUAUUAUUGUGAUACAAUUACCCUUAAUGUUUGGAUAGUCAUUUUUCUUACAUGUAAAUUAAAUAUUAUUAAUAAUUUACAUAAUUUAAAUUAAAUAUGUGUGCAUUUA